AUGCCGGUCACUCAAGCUACGUUUGAGCUCGCUGGGCGCAACAUUCUGUCUCGCAACAAUGGUGCUUUCCCUUUCGAGGACUUUCGCUCUCUUUUUGGGUCCAGCGUGGAGGUUGUGUUUGAAGCUUGGUGCUAUGCUGACCUAGGCAAGCACAGCCCAAGCACUUACUUUGGGCUCUCAUGUUUACGAAGACGUAUUCCACGAGGCAGUCCAUCUCAAGCUGGCUGGUGUUCGAGCAAACCAACAUUUCGCAAGUGGGUCCGAUACACCCUCACCAGGCUGACACAGUACUUUCCGGAGCUGGACUUGCCUCCAGACUCUCGAUGGCACGGACUUUCGCAUUCAGGAGCCUGGCGUGGAUGGAGAAUGGGACUUCUUUGGCUCGGAUGGUCGCCGAUUGAAGUUCAAUCCAAAGUGGUAUACGAAGAAGUUCAAUGGCCCGGUGUGCGUUAUGAAAUAGCAAUCUGCAUUCAGACUGGCAAAAUCUGCUGGGCCUAUGGCCACUUUCCGUGUGGCAAGUGGCCUGACUCAAAGAUCUUUCAGCACAAGCUCCAGCAUGAGCUGGGAGUCAAUGAGAUGGUUGAAGCUGAUCGAGGAUACACUGGCCUGCCUUUUGAUGUGCGCACUCCCGACGAUUAUAUGAAUGAAGCCGACAAAAUUGCCAAAAGCCAUGCUCGUGCCCGUCAUGAGAUCAUCAAUCGACGCCUCAAGCAGUGGGGAUGCCUUGGCCAAAAGUUUCGUCAUGACCUCGGCUUCCACCAGACCUGCUUCAGGGCCGUCGUGAUGAUGACACAGCUGGCCAUUAUCCAUGGCGAGCCUGUGGCUUUUGACGUGGAGUAUUAG